AUGGCUGAAGCCCUCGUCUCCACGGUGCCUUCGGCGAGAACCCAGUUCUUUCUUGGCCUCCUCUUCACCGCUGCCUUGAACUGGGCCGACUUCUUCCUAGAUUUGUGGGUGGUCCUGCAGUAUGGCUGUGUCCUGCCUGGAAACCUCAGCGUCGGCUGUCCAUCAGAUACAGCUGGGAAUCCUACUUGCGAGGUCCAUGCCUGGUAUUUUGGACUUGGCUUCUUCUUGCUCUUCACAUCCAACUUGGUUCAAAGCGUGGUCUGGGCCGAGCGGUCUCUUGAAUCGAGGGUGACUACUGUUCAGACCUGCCCUGGAAAGUUGACCUAUUUCCUGGCAUGUCUUCUGAUGUCUCUUGCGCAGCUGAACUAUCUGGUGGAUGGUGCCAUGGCCUUCUGCUUCGGUAUCCCGGAACUCGGCAGUGGUCGGUAUGAGACGAUGAGGCUUCGAGAGCUUUAUAACAAGCUCCUGGAGAGCGCCCCGCAGCUGUACCUGCAGUCUUACAUCCUCUUUUCUAUCGGUGGACAUGGGGACCCUGUCGGAAUCGCCUCCGUGUCGGUCUCCGCGAUUUCUUUGGCCCACGGUGUGGUGAAGUUAUGCCUUUCUCACGAUCGCAAGCAGGGUCCACUCUCCCAACCAAUCUACUGCUUCCUGGCCUUCCUCUGGUUGACUACUGACCAAGCCCUAAGAGCAGCAGGCUUUGCUUUGGUGCUCUCCUCGGAGGUCCGACCUUUCGGAUUGACGCUCAUGGUCAUUGGCUUGCUGGCCACAUGCCUCAACGCUGCACGGAAGGGCAACAGCGCGAGCAGGAUGCGGCUGGCUUUUGCAGCUGUUUUUGGAGUGUACUUAAUCCCAAUUGCCCAGAUUUUGAAGGGUAGCCCACGACGUGGGGAUCACGAGGAUGAUGCACUUAUUCCAGAGUUCGAACUGAAAGAUACCCCAGAUGACGGAACGAUGCGAUGCUUACCGAUUCGCUGGAUCGAGACUGCCGGCUGUGCAGCCCUAUCCCUGGCUUUCGCCAGGACGAAGUGCGGCUAUGCGCCGAUUAGAGAAGUGGCGGGCCUCACAGGUCUUUUGCUUUUCAACAUACUGCUCUAUGCACUGCUGGAGCUUGGCUUUGACGCAGAGACCGGUGCAGUCAAUCUUUGGUCCAGCACGGCUCCAGAAGAUCUAAGUACUGACCACGAGCUCAGCCGAAACAACGAAAAGCGCGACGUCCAGCGGGGGAGGGCAGAUGUGGGCAUUGUGGAGAACAUCGCUAUGAGCCCUUCUGCCCUUGCGGAGGCGUCAGAAGGAGGUGCAGCUUGCUCGCGAGAUGCCCCGAUUCCGAGCCCAAGGGACGAGGAUCAGACCCAAACGGCCGACGAUGGCCUGGAUCCGCCGAAGAAGAAGCGGAAGAAGUUUGUGAAGAGAAAAGUGAAGAAGAAUCCAAGCGGUGAGGGAUGGCCUGAGGCCACCACACUCGGAAGUCUCGAGCAACAGCCACAUCUUCCGUGGGAAGACUCAACGCGCUUUGUCUAG